AUGGCGGAUUCAAGCACAACAGCAGCAUCCAGCCCCCGGCCAUUGAGAAUUCGAAAUUCUGUUCUCACCCAUAGUCAUAUAUGGUGGGGAGCUGCUUUUGCCAUGGCAACUCUCUCUGUUGGUGUCUUUUUAUGUUUCUGUAUCAAGAGCAAGCUCUAUCCCAGUUGCAGGCGGCCUAGAAAGCGCCAAGGAAAGUUGGAUGCCGAGAAGAUGGCAUUGAGGCAAUUUCAGCUCGAAGAACUAGAGAAGGCCACCAAGAAUUUCAGCAAAGAUUGCCUGGUGGGAUCUGGUGCAUAUGGAAAUGUUUACAGAGGCACGUUUGAUGUGGAGGGAACCCUGGCAAUCAAGAGGCCUCGUGAUGAUUCCAUCCCGAGCACCGAAGAUUUCCGAAAUGAGGUGAGGUUGCUUUCAAAAGUCAAGCACAGAAAUCUUGUGGGAUUGGUGGGAUUCUGUGAAGAACCUGGAUUAAAAGGGGAAAAAGUUUGGAUAUAUGAAUAUGUACCACAUGGUUCACUACUUGACUACAUUAUCGGAAAAGGAGGGAAGAGCUUAUCCUGGAGGGAAAGAGUCACCAUUGCCAUCGGAGCAGCAAAAGGCAUAGCUUAUUUGCAUGAAGAGAUGACACCGAGCAUAAUACACCGGGACAUAAAACCGAGUAACAUCCUUAUAGGAGAGGGCUUUGAAGCUAAAGUUUCGGACUUUGGGCUGGUGAGAUCAGGUCCCACGGGGGAACAAUCACAUGUGAGCAGCCAGAUCAAAGGAACACCAGGGUACCUUGACCCUGCCUAUUGUUCAAGCUUCCAUUUGUCUCCUUUCAGCGAUGUAUAUAGCUUUGGAGUCAUACUUCUGCAGCUUGUUACAGCAUGCCCUGCAGUUGGUACAACCAGAAAUCAAUCUAAAUAUCACAUCAUUGAAUGGGCGAGGCCAAGCUUGGAGCGAGGUGUUGUCCAGGAAAUCUUGGAUGCUAAUCUUCUAUUAGAGCCUUGCAAUAUGGAGAUGAUGCUGAAGAUGGGACAACUUGCCCUGAGAUGCGUGAUGAAAGUUCCAAAGCAGCGGCCUACAAUGACUCAAGUGUGGCAAGAGCUAGAGGCAGCUCUCCAUGCAGCGGACAACUUCAUUAACAAGCAGCCUUCAAGGGGUCCCUGUAGAUCCAUCAGUGCAUCUGGUCGAUCAAGGGGUCAAAGCAGUUGUAGGUCGAUGGAUUACGAGUAUUCUCAAAGCUUUGUCAGCAUAGAUGGUGUCGGACUUCAAAGAUUUCAUGUAGAUAUUGAUAGCCUCUCCUUCCAAAGUGCAAGCUUGAGAUGUUUAGAAACAAGUAGUGUGAGCAUUGAAUUCGAUACGAACAACCUGGGGGGAAUAAGCGAGGAAACAAAUACAGAUAAUAACGCGGACGUCAGCUUACCCCGGGGCUGA